CCGCGCUGCGCAGGAAAUUGCCUUUUUUUCAUUUAUCGUUUGAGCAGGCUUCGGUCGGAACAAGAUGGCGGGAUCACUGUUAGAAGACAUUUUCUUUGUCAAAGACAUCGAUCCAGGAGGAAAAAAGUUCGACAGAGUUUCCAGAUUGCAUUGUGAAAGUGAAAGUUACAAGAUGGAUAUGAUACUUGAUGUGAAUACACAAAUUUAUCCAGUGGACUUAAACGACAAGUUUAGUGUUGUAUUGACAACAACUCUUAAAGUAGAUGAGACGCCUGAUGACGGAGAGUAUAAUCCAUCUGACACUGGACCAUCAAAAGCAGACCAAUUUGAAUAUGUGAUGUAUGGUAAAUCAUAUAGAAUUGAUGCAGAUGAUUCUGGGAGUGAAUCUUCAAAUCGUUUAUCAGCACAUGUUUCAUUUGGUGGGUUGCUCAUGAGACUUCAAGGUGAUGCAAAUAACCUGCAUGGAUUGGAAGUAGAUCAACGUGUUUAUUUGCUCAUGAAAAGACUGGCAUUUUAGAACUUUCAUUGUUUUUGUAAAUUGAAUUUCAACCUUGAAGCUUUUGAGAAGGCCUUUCAAAAUGAAGAUAGACACAUGGUCUCUGUGAUGCAUAUGGAAUGUUGUUCCUAAUAAUAUGUUUGCAGACUCGUUACUACAUUUGUACAUGGGAAAGAGGCAACUGGAAGUUGCAUGGAUAUUGUAUUAAAGAAAGAGCUAUGAAAUUUUGUAUUUAUUAGAUCAUCCUAUCCUAAAAA